GGCUGUUCGCGGAGGCCGACCGAUACACGGAGAUACUUGUUUGUGUUGUGCUCCAAACAUUGUGAAGUGAUUUAGUUUCAUCUACGCGACGAGUAUAUUAAAUAAGCGUCUAAAAUGAAAUUCACGGUCGUUUUCACCACACUGUUGUGUGUUUCGACGUCAUGGGCAGUUCUGGCGAAGAAGGUGGAAGAGCCGAAGGAUAAGCGCGAGGCGCUGGUGAGCUUCGGCUCGCCCGGACAUUCCUCGCUCAGCUUCCAGGCGCCCGCGUCCCACGGUCAGGCCGACGCUAGCUCCAUCAGCGUCGGCGCAGGCUAUAGCAUCGGAGGAGCUAAGCCCAGCUACAGCUUCGGACAAGGAUCAAGCGGACAGUUGCAAUACUCCGCCGACGGGUUGUCUCAGCUAACUCCCAACGGUCACGGAAACAUCCAGUUGCCUCCCAUCACUCUGCAGCCCACCCACGGUGGUGCGUUUUCAACCGGUGACCUCUCUCAGUUAAUGAGCCAGCUUUCCAGUAGCCUACACGCCGGAGGAAUUUCUCUGCAGCCUUCGACUACAGUAGCGGAAUUCCACCAGGGAGCUGAGGGUGCCCAACAAGGUGGUCAAGAAUACUCCUUCCCUCAAUUCUCAUACGCAGCUCCUAAGCAACAGCAGUUUGUUCUUUCUGAGCAGUUGCAGCAACAGUUGUCUAGUGCACCUGCAUACUCGGCCGGUACCAAGGGUUUGGGUUCAUACUCCACUGGUCCAGUCCUGUUCACUCCCACCGACAGCCAGUCUAACAGCGCUCCCGCACAAUCAUAUGGAACACCUAACUCUGGCCACUCUUUAGGCGAUGCUGGAUCUCUUUCUCUCGGAGGACUUGGAGGAGGCAGCCACUCAUUAUCGGGACUUACUCUUGGUGGAACCGGCCACAGUUUCGGUGGAUCCUCACAUAGCCUUGGAUCAGGGCUCAGUCUUGGUGGAACUGGUCACUCUUUCGGCAAUUCUUACAAACACUUAAGCGGCUAUGCUGGUCCCGGUAAAACUUCCUUCAAGCCAUCUUCUUACUUAGGUUCAUCUGUACAGAGUGGAGAAACUCAGGCUUUAUCUAGCCACGGCUUGUCUGGUCUCUCUGGAUCGUAUGGAGCUCCAUCUUUUGGUGGUUUCCGCGGAGCUGGUCACGGUUCCCUGUCCCUCGGCUCAAGCGGUCAUGGAGUCAGCUUUGGAGGAGCUCAAGGUUUUGGUAGCGGAUCAUCUAAAUUCCUUGCUCCUGUUUACCAGACACCUAAAGGUGAAGGAUUAGAGAGUGCAAGCGCUUUCUCCUCAGGACACGUAGCUCCUCCUGGAACCACAUAUGGCUUCCCUUCCUCCUCAUAUUCCAACAAUGCUCACGCAGCUUCUUCCAACAAACCUUAUUACGUCAGUGCUAAACACCACCACCACUCCUCUCCAAGCAGUUUCGGAGAAGGAGGCUCAUCAUACAGAGCGCCUGCUUCCAGCCACAGCUCUCUAAGUUCGUUUUCAUCUGGCCCCAAAUACAACUUUGGAGGUUCAAGUUCCCUUUACUCACCGAAAGAUACUUACGGCGCGGCCAGCGAGACUACAUACAACACCAUUAAAUACAGCGAAGAAUUGAAGCCACGUGCUCAUUAAAAUAAAUUGUUGCAAAUAGUUUUGUGUAAAUAGUAGUUCACAGUAUCGUGUGAGGGGUGUGUUGGGUGUAGGCGUGGUGCGAAUGAUUGCAUGGUGUGUAUGAGCGAAAGUAUUGCUCUUGGUACUAUUUAUUUGCGUACGUUCCGCUAAUUAACUGUGCGGGCGAGCACUUUGAUUCUCACCGUGAGCGUCAGCGCGUACGUGUCGUGUUUUGGUUAUCUCGUCGGUGUGCUUUCUUUUCGGUAACAUGUGUAUAAUUUGUAUAAUCAUGCAGCUUGAUAUCUUACAUCGCAGACUGUUUAGAAACUUGUUUUCUUAGAAAUAACAAUAUCGAAUCGUUAUCCGCAUCUAAUCCAAACAACCACCGCUUCAGACUGUUGUGACGUGACGACGUGAAUUUCUGUAAAUAUAGUAAAUAGUUUAGGUUGUCUAUUUAUUAUUUUAUAAUUUUAGUUUUUAUGGUUGUUAUUGUUAUAAUAAAAUACCAAUAAAA